AUGGUAAAUACGUUAGAUGACAUACGGAAAAAAGCUCAAAAAUAUAGUGAUUUAGAGUUUGAGUUAAAAGAAAGUAUAGCAGGUGUUCAGAAUUUAUUAAAAAGUAGAACAGAACGACUUUUAUUUAAAAGUAAAAAACUUAAGUGUCACACUCCAGCGACUGAAGAAGAAAUUGCUGAAUUGUUUGAGUUUAUUUUCAAUAUAGAUUCAACUUUGAAAAUUAAAGAAACUACACAAGCACAAAUACAUAGUCAUCCUGCAUUAGUUGAGUUUAUAAAAACUCAUUGUCGUAUAAAAAAAUGUAACAAUCCCGCCUGUUUAUACUGUAAACCAAUCCGCCUUCCAUUAAAUGAAUUUCAUAACUUGAGUUUUCUUCUGGAUCCAAUUCCUUCACAGGAUAAUACAGACCAUUAUGCAACUUUUCAAAAUGUUUAUGGAACUGAAACUACCGAAGAGUAUAGGCCUACAUACAUGCAAUCACAAGUAAAUGCAGAGCCUAUCCCAAAGUCUAUUCUGGUUGUGGCAAAAAUCCGUGGUUAUAUCAAUUGUAAAGAUUGUGGUAAACGUUGCUGUGUGUAUAGUGAUAAAUCCUUGACUUGUAAGGAACAAGAAGAUUAUCAACAAGCAAUGGAUUUAUAUUCAUAUUCUUGCGGUGCACCAAUUUUUCCUGACGAUCAUUAUUUGAAAGAAGUAGUAUUUGUGCGUACCCGAAUCAGUUGUGACUCACCAAUUGAAAUACUGUAUUAUUCAAGCCGCAGAUCAGGCAAUUAUAUAAUCUGUUAUUACUGCGGAGAAAGAGAAGAUUUGGUAACUUCUUCUCAGUCUUUGAAAGAACGUUUUAAGCAAAUUUAUCCUUUAUGUGAAGGAUGUCAGGAAAAUGGAAAAGAAUUUUAUACUAAAGGAGAAAUUAAAACUAAUGGAUGUGCUUCUAAACGUCGUAAGCAUGGGUAA